GCCUUGACUAAAACAAGAAAAGACAACUCUAGUGUUGUAGACUUUUCGAGAAGAUGGCGAUGGAACUGUUCAGUAAGGCCAACGAGGAAUACAUCAGCGAAAACUACCAGCAUGCAGUAGAGCUAUAUACAAAAGCACUUGCAGAGGACUGUAACAACGAUGAUGUUCUGGUAAAUCGUGCCCAAGCUUACUUGAAACUUAACAGAUUUCAAGAGGCUGUUGCUGACUGCGAUAAAGCAGUACAACUGAAUUGUAAAAAUGUGAAAGCCUACUUGCGUAAGGGAUGUGCCUUUUUCCAUUUGGGUGAUUACAAAAAAGCACUCAAUACCUUUAAAGAGGGUUCAGAAAUUGAAGGCGAGAACUCAGGAUUUACAGACUGGAUUGAAAAAUGUGAGGUGAAACUAAAAGCAAUGGAGUCUGAAAUGGCCUCUGCAAAAACUAAUGGUACAGGUAGUACUGUUGAAGGUGCAGUACCUGUCACAAGUCAUUCUUCUUCGUCAAGCAGAAGAAGGUAUGAUUGGUACCAAACCCAGACACAUGUGAUUGUAACUGUAUUGCAGAAGAAUGUUAAGAAAGAGGACUUAAUUAUAACUGUUGAAGAGACUUCAUUGUCUUUGAAAAUCCGAUGUGAGGAUGGCGAGAUCAAUCUUGAUUUUCAUCUUGCUCAUCCCAUCAUUCCAGAUCAGACUGACAAAAUCUUGGCAUCUAAGAUAGAAAUCAAGUUGAAGAAAGCAGAAGGUCUGCAAUGGACGAAUCUUGAAGGUGAUGGACAGAGGUUCCAUGUCAAGGUUCCAUUGACUGGCACAGCAUCUGCAGAUGCAGAAGCAGUUAAGAGGUAUCCAUCUUCAAGCCACUUCACCCGCAACUGGGAUAAAAUUGAAAAGGAGGUAAAGGAAGAAGAGAAGACCGAGAAGCUGGAAGGUGAUGCUGCUCUCAACAAACUUUUCCAGCAGAUCUAUGCAGAUGGCUCUGACGAAGUUAAAAAGGCCAUGAUGAAAUCCUUUACGGAAUCCGGUGGCACAGUGCUGAGCACCAACUGGUCUGAAGUUGGCAAGGAAAAGGUAGAGGUGAAGCCACCUGAUGGUAUGGAAUUUAAAAAAUAUGAGAUGUAAGUCACAGAAUAACCACAUAAGGUGCAGCUUGCUCCAAACAUAAGGACAUCUUGAGCAAACAGGAGUGACAGUGCAGCUUACUCCAAACAUACAGGACAUCUCUAGCAAGCAGGAGUGACAGUGCAGCUGCUGAACGUUCCUGCUAAUGGCAUAUUCCUUAUUUUGUUUUGUGGUGAUUCAGGGAAAACAGCCUUAGUUUUAGUUUUGUUUUAUCAAAAAAACAGUUUUAUAAAGCAGCAUUGGGCUGUUUAAAGAAAGUCUUUAUUGCUGAACUAGAACUAUAUUUGACAGUUAGCCAUAAGAAUGACAUUAAAGUCAUUUUCAGACUUAAAUGUGCUUGAAAAUGCUGAUCUUUGUAAGGAAUAAUUUGUAUAUAAUCUUGACAUAAAAUGUUAGAAGAAAUGGAAAACGCAUACUUAAGAUUCAUCAAAAACUUUGAAAGCAGGACUCCAGAAUUUAUUCUGGUUAUUUGUGUCUGUCGCAUUUUAUGGUAUUGUCAUAAAACAGUCUUUUUAUUAAUACUUAUUUUUCCCCACCAUGGAAAUAUAAAAUUUUGUGCAAAAACAGGUGACAACAAAUACAAAACAAUGCAAAUGAUUGUUGAAAGCUCAGUUGUUUGUCAAUCAAGAAUUUUGAUUUGUGCAAGUGGGUUUUUUCCCUGUGCUUUAGAGGCUGGACAGCUGUGUUCUUCAUGUUCUGUAAAGUACAAAAGUUGGUAGGUUGUGUUACUUUGUGUGGAGAGAUGUCAGGUGCGUGGAUAAAUGUUUUAAACAUCAGAUACUCAGCAUUAAUAAAAAAAAAAAAAUGAGUUUAAGAUUAUUGUUAGCUGGUGGUUUUUUUUAAUAGCAGGAAAAAAGUGGCAGCAUUUCUGCAAGGGGUUGUCGGGAAUAUGAAAUACAGUGCAUUUAUGAAGAGAUGUGAUUUCAUGUCUGACAUUGAGGUUUAGAGACAAUAGUGGUUGCUGACAGAGGAUGUAGACUAGUAAAAAUUAUUCUGGGAAUUCUUAUCACAAAGAUGGUUAGAUCUUGUAUAGAUAUUUAGAAGAUAUGACUUUUUCCCCUUUCUCGCACCCAGUCUAUAAAGUAAAUCUUUUCACCUUUAAGACUUAGAAUUGUUCCAUGGAUGUUUCCUCCAGGAAUGCCAAUUUUGUGCUAAGGUUCCAUAUUUGAAACUGUUUUUUUUGUCAUUUGAGGGCAAUAUAAUGGAGAGCACAUGUGAAAUCCAGCUGAUUAUGUGAUAAAAUAAAAAUGACAACUGGAGAAAAGCC